AUAUCAAUUACUCCGACAAAACAAAUCUCAGAGAGUGCGAGUGACGGAGUUUCCUCUCCUGUCCUGUCCUUUAAAUUUUCAAUCUUCAAUUUUCCCGCCUCACCUCAGUUCCCGAAACGCCCAAUCACACAGUAAUCCUUUUGAUUUCCGAAAGAGCAAUUGAUUAAGGGUUUGGAAUUUUUUUUUUGAUGGAGGAUUUGUAUAAAAAACUCUACGCUAAGUACGAUAAGCUUAAGAAGAAACAAUUGUCAGAGUUUGAUGAGCUCAACAAAGAUCAAGAAGUCAAGUUUUUGAAUUAUGCCUCUGUUGCUGAAGAGAUGAUACAAUACUUGAAAGAUGAAAAUGACAGGUUGCGUAAACAAGCCAGUGAUUUGAGAAGUGAAGCUGCUUCAAUCAGGUCCACCAUGGAUGAACAAUGUGCCGAGUACCAGAAGCUCUUAAUGGAAGAGAACCAGAAAAAUAAAAUUCUUAAUGAAGAAGUUGAGAAGCUUCAAAACCAGCUUCAAUAUGGACUUCCUUGCAAUUCUAAGGACGGAAACAAUGAUAAUGUCCAGCUGAAUAUGCUUGAAACUGCACAAGUUACACCAGAAGAGAGAUCCAUUGCCUCAACUAGAAGAAUGGUGAGAAAACGUAACCGAGAAGCUAGGGAGAAAAUGGAAGAAGAAAUUACCCAUGGUGGUAAUGAUAUAGUUGGAUACAAUGAUAUGGAAGAAAAAUCUGCCAAGCGCUCAUCCAAGGGAACUGUUUCCCGUGGGGAUCUUCCAAAUGAUCAGCAGCUAGAAUCCUGUGAAAGAAUUUUAUACAGAUCAGCUGAAAGUGGCCCUGCUAACUUCCAGUUUCAAGCUCUUCUAGAAUACCUAGUAGGCAUGAAAUUGUCUGCUGUUAAUCAAAAUGAUGAAGUUUGCAUUUCAGCUCUGCAUCAAUCAAGUGGUUUUGCAUUUACUCUAACAUGGAUGAAGAACGAAGCUGUAGAGGAACCAGAGCUGUUAUAUCGUGUGUUAACAUUAGGUACAUUUGAGAGGGUAGCGCCAGAGUGGAUGCGAUCGGUCCUGAUGUUCAGCAUGAGAAUGUGGCCAAUCUUCUUUGAAAGAUUAGCCUGUGUGAUCAAGCUCCAUCGCUGAUUGUGCUCUCGUAUUCUUUUUUUGUGGUGCAAUUUGCUACCGUAUAUGACUUGGGAAACUGAUGGCAAGGUAAAAUGUUACCAGUGACAUAAUUCUAAAGAAAAAGGGAAAAGAAAAGAAGUUGCGUACUUAAAAAAAGUCAAUUGUCUAUUAGAAUUGUGGAAUUAGACUAGGCAGGCAGCUUGAGACCUUUCAUUCCAAAUCAUCAAGGCGAUGUUGUGUUGGCAGGGCAAACAUUUUUCUUUCUCUGUGAUGGAUACUUGUCAUUGUUUUAUGAUGAUUUUGAAUUGAUUUAGGAUUUGAAACUAAA